AUGAGCUCCCUAAACUACUCCCUCCCAGCUAAAGAAGAGGCGGUCGGAUGGACAGGGACAGAAACUCUCGUUAAAGAGGAGAAGGAAGAGGAGGCUGUCACAGUUAAACAUGAAGUAGAGGGAGAGAGAACAGACUUUCAUUCUGACAGUGGGAAGAGUCCUUCAGAGGAACCAGAGACAUCCAACCCAGCAAGACGACACUGCUGCUCCCAGUGUGGAAAGAGUUUAACUCAGUUAGGGAACUUGAAAAUACAUGAACGAAUACACACAGGAGAAAAGCCUUACCAAUGCUCCCAUUGCGGGAAGCGUUUUACCCUGUCAGGACACCUAAAAGUGCAUGAAAGAACACACACAGGUGAGAAGCAUUUAGCAAGACCACACCACUGUUCCCACUGUGGAAAGUAUUUUACUCAGUUAGGGAACUUAAAAAUACAUGAACGAAUACACACCGGAGAAAAGCCUUACCAAUGCUCUCAUUGUGGGAAGAGUUUUACCCAGUCAGGGUACUUGAGAACCCAUAUGAGGAUACACACACGAGAGAAACCCUACAAAUGCUCCCAGUGUGGAAAGAGUUUUACCCAGUCAGGACACUUGAAAGAACAUAAGAGAACACACACAGGGGAGAAUCCUUACCAAUGUUCCCAGUGUGGGAAGCGUUUUACCCUGUCAAGUCACCUAAAAGUGCAUGAAAGAACACACACAGGGGAGAAGCCUUACAAAUGCGCCCAGUGUGGAAAGAGCUUUACCACAUUACGGUUUGCCCGGUCAGGGCACAUGAAAGAACAUAAGAGAACACACACCGGGGAGAAGCCUUACCAAUGCUCCCAGUGUGGGAAGAGUUUUACUCUGUCAGGGCACUUAAAAGUGCAUGAAAGAACACACACAGGGGAGAAGCCCUACCAAUGUUCUCU